AUGGCUUUCUCGGUAAAGUUUGGAGGCAGGGGCGCGCUAACGAAGGGUCGGGAAGCGUUUUGCACUGAUGCAGCGAAGGUGACCCGGCGGGGCGCUCCAGAGGAGAUGGCAAAACCCACCGUCGCGGGUUCGUCGCGUCGAGUCCAAAUGAUGGACUUGACCCAGCAAGAAGCUGCGGCGGUUAUUGGUUUUCGGCAAGGCUGCAAGGGAAAACGUAGUCAAAAGACGGCAAAACUCUUCCUUGGAGGCGUCGUUUGGGCGAGCCUCUUUUUUCUAUCCUUGUUCUUUGGAUGUGUAAGAAGGGUUUCUGUGAGCAGCUUGAGAGCUUUGUGUUCUGAAGCUAAAGAAAUUCUUACGAAAGAAUCAAAUGUGCAAGAGGUACGUUGCCCCGUCACCGUCUGUGGGGAUGUCCACGGUCAAUUCCACGACCUUAUGGAACUCUUUAGAAUCGGUGGGAAAUCGCCGGACACAAAUUACCUGUUUAUGGGAGACUACGUGGACAGAGGCUAUUACUCGGUGGAAACAGUGACUCUUCUAGUAGCGUUGAAGGUGCGUUACCCAGAACGCAUUACGAUACUGAGGGGCAAUCACGAAAGCAGACAAAUUACACAAGUGUAUGGCUUUUAUGACGAAUGUCUGCGAAAGUAUGGCAACGCCAACGUCUGGAAGUAUUUCACAGAUCUGUUUGAUUAUCUUCCGCUUACAGCUCUAGUAGAUGGCCAGAUAUUCUGCCUCCACGGUGGCCUCUCUCCAUCCAUAGAUACACUGGAUCAUAUCAGGGCUCUGGACCGCCUGCAGGAAGUUCCGCACGAGGGUCCUAUGUGUGAUCUGUUGUGGUCGGAUCCGGAUGAUCGUGGCGGCUGGGGUAUAUCUCCACGUGGUGCUGGCUACACCUUUGGGCAAGAUAUUUCCGAAACAUUUAACCAUGCCAAUGGGCUCACACUGGUCUCCCGCGCUCACCAACUUGUCAUGGAGGGUUAUAAUUGGUGCCACGACCGAAAUGUGGUUACCAUUUUCAGUGCGCCCAAUUACUGUUACCGUUGUGGGAACCAGGCUGCUAUCAUGGAACUAGACGACACUUUAAAAUAUUCCUUCCUCCAGUUUGACCCAGCACCUCGUCGUGGAGAGCCUCAUGUUACCCGUCGUACCCCAGACUACUUCCUAUAAACCUCUCCCAACCUUUGUAGAAGGAAGUACACCUGGCAUUUUAAAGAGCAACAAUAUUUACACGUUUCUGUAAGAAACCGGGGUUCGUCUCAACUUGCAAAUCCCCAUCAUGGACCAAAACGUGCCAUACAGAGGACGAAGAGCGUUUAGCACAACUUGAGACUGAAUUCCUUAACGACACUAUAUAUAUCCUAUACCCAUCAGUCCAACAGUCAGUUUGCCUGCUGUAUUUGUAGUCCUUGUUUUUCUUCUGGACUGUUCAGAGAGGAAGGGGUAACUCUUAGUCACACUUCCAUCUCCUUUGGCGCUUCUUUGUAAAUUUUCAGUUGUAGUGUUUUAACCGGCAUGAAUUACGAGUUUAUUUUCGAGGGAAAUGCACACUAACUCCUGCCCCCUUCCCACCACCGCCACCACUCUUUUAUUUUACUGAGAGACCGACCGACUUAACUGGAGAAAG